GCUGUCAAUCAAGCGGCUUUUAAAUGGCUACAGUGCGGCCCGCGAGCGCUGCCUGAGCCCUCCCGGGGACAGCGACAGCGGUAUUUCUGCAACUGCUACUCCUGCAGCAGCACUUCCACUAACCCACAACCCGACCGGCCAUUCCUGCUCACCAGCCACCAUGGCCAGCGAGGACGAGCAGGGCGGCUGCCGGACCUGGCAGAGGUUUGAGGAACUUUGUCAGAAAUUGAACAUGGACGAGGGUGCAAAAUGUGAGGCUUGGGCAAGUUUCGAGAGCAUCAGCAGGACAUACACCCUGGAGGGAGAAGAUCGUCACUGGUUGGCUUGUGCCCUGUACGUAGCAUGUAGAAAAGCCAUUCCCUCAGUGGGAAGAGGCACUGUAGAAGGGAAUUGUGUCUCCUUGACAAAGAUCCUACGCUCUUCUGAACUCAGUUUGAUAGAAUUCUUCAAUAAGAUGCAAAAAUGGGCAGACAUGGCAGAUCUAUCCCAAGAAUUCAGGGAGCGCACGGAAAAGCUGGAGAGGAAUUUCACAGUUUCUGCCGUCAUCUUCAAAAAGUGCGAGCCUAUUUUUCGUGACCUUUUUAAGGACCCUCAAGAAGAACAGCCACCACGACAGCACAGGGGUCGGAAACAAAGGCGUCAACCUUGUACAGUUUCUGAAGUGUUUAACUUCUGCUGGGUGCUGUUUGUUCAGACCAAAGGAAAUUUCCCUAUGAUCAGUGAUGAUCUUGUUAACUCCUAUCAUCUUCUGCUUUGUGCACUCGAUCUGGUCUAUGGGAGCGCGCUAUUCUGCGCCCAUCGUAAAGACUUGCUGAAUCCCAAUUUCAAAGGUUUACCAGAAGAUUUUCACAAUAAAGAUUACAAACCACCUUCAGAGCCUCCAUGUAUUAUUGACAAGUUAUGUUCCUUACAUGACGGGUUGGAAUUGGAGGCAAAGGGUAUUAAACAACAUUACUGGAAGCCAUACAUCAGGAAACUUUUCGAGAAAAAGAUCCUAAAGGGAAAAGCAGAAACUCUUACUGGCUUUCUGGAUCCUGGGAACUUUACAGAAAGUGUAAAAGCUAUUAACAAGGCCUAUGAAGAAUACGUGUUAACUGUGGGAAACAUUGAUGAAAGGAUUUUCCUGGGUGAUGAUGCAGAUGAGGAGAUAGGAACCCCAAACAGGUUUCUCAGCAACAUGUCAAAUGCAGAAACAACUGAAAGGAUGCAAGUGGAGCACAAUCUUCAACAACAUUUUGACAAUUCCAGGACACUCUCAGUUUCAACACCACUUACUGGUCGCAAGUAUAUGAAGGAAGGUAACCCAUGUGUGACGCCAGUCUCCUCUGCAACACAGUGUGUUGGCCGUCUUCAUGCCAUAUUAACAGGGCUGAAAAAUACCCCAAGUGAGAAAUUGUUACAGAUUUUCAGGUCCUGCUCCAGAGAUCCCACGCAGUCUGUUCUUAACAGAGUCAAAGAGAUGGGUGAAAUAUUUUGUCACCAUUACACACAAUCUACCAAGGAUCACUCUGGCUUCUCAAUAGACAGUACUACCAAGUGCCUUCGACUUGCAGAAGUUCUUUACUACAAAGUCCUGGAAACAGUCAUUGAGCAGGAAAAAAGGAGGUUAGGAGAUAUAGAUCUGACGGGGAUAUUGGAACAAGAUGUAUUUCACCGAUCACUUCUGGCUUGCUGCCUUGAAAUAGUUAUCUUUUCUUAUAAACCUCCAGGGGACUAUUCAUGGAUCAUUGAGAUCUAUGACCUUCCGCCUUAUCAUUUUUAUAAGGUGAUAGAAGUACUUAUAAGGGCAGAGGAUGGUCUCUUCAGGGAGGUGGUGAAACACCUAAAUCAUAUUGAGGAAACAAUCCUGGAAAACAUGGCAUGGAAACAAGAAUCACCCCUUUGGGAUGGAAUUAAAGAUGUGGAAAACAAGGUUCCGACAUGUAAGGAAGUGAUGCCGCCACAUUACUUUGAAAAUCUGGAGAACGCCGGAAGCAGUGAGAUGUAUUCUCCCAUUACUCCUACACGACUUAAGGAGGUUCACACUGAGGGUGGCAAGAAAGAAACCAUUGCAUCUCCCACCACAUUACAUGAUCGAUACAGCUCUCCAACAGCAAGUAAUGCAAGAAGGCGACUGUUUGUGGACAGUGAAAGCAAUCCUGAUCCUCCUCCAAGCAACUCCCUCAGAAAUUCCCAGCAACAAACAGUUAGCACUGUACCAGUCCAGAAUGUGACCACUGAUUCUGUUUCUAUUGCACAUGUCCCUGGUCAGACUUUAGUCACCAUGGCAACUGCAACUGUCACAGCUACCAAUGGACAAACUGUCACGAUACCAGUUCAAGGUAUCGCAAACGAAAAUGGAGGAAUUACUUUCAUCCCUGUUCAGCUCAGUGUUACAGGACAAGCCCAAUCUGUGACAAACUCCAUUCAACCCCUCACAGCACAGACCCUUGCCAGCAGUCACCAAUUAUCUGGAACAACAGUGCAGAUUGCUGGACAGGUAUCAAUGCAGCAAUCCCCAGGACAGAGACAAAACCAAUGCCAAAUGGCAAUGAACAGCAGACCUAAAAAGACUGGCUCAGUAGCUCUGUUCUUCAGAAAGGUUUAUCAUUUGGCCAGUAUUCGUCUGCGUGAUCUCUGUGCAAAACUGGAUAUUACUGAUGAUUUGAGGAGGAAAAUCUGGACAUGUUUUGAAUAUUCCUUAGUCAACUGCACAGAUCUUAUGGUUGAUAGGCACUUAGAUCAGCUGCUGAUGUGUGCUGUUUACAUAAUGUCCAAGGUGACAAAAGAGGACAGAUCCUUCCAGAAUAUUAUGCGUAGCUAUAGAACACAACCACAGGCCAGCAGCAAUAUUUACAGAAGUGUGCUGCUAAAAGCUCGGAGAAGACGGACCUCAGGCAGUAGUGACAGUAGUGGUCGCCAGGGCUCACCAACUGAGACUAGCAGAGACAGGACCAGCAGAGACUCUAGCCCAAACAUGAGGUCUAGCAGUACACUGCCUGUACCUCAACCUAACAGUGCACCACCUACCCCAACUCGACUAGCUGGAGCAAACAGUGAUAUGGAAGAGGAGGAGAGGGGUGAUCUCAUUCAAUUCUACAAUAAUAUCUACAUCAGAAGAGUCAAAGCAUUUGCAUUGAAAUAUUCCUCAUCAAAUGCAGAGAAUGGGAAGGAAGCUCCAUCUUUAUCACCCUUCCCAUCUGUAAGGACAGGAUCACCACGCAGGGUCUUACUCUCUCAGCACCACUCCAUUUAUAUAUCACCUCACAAGAAUGGGGGCUCAGUCUCACCAAGAGAAAAAAUGUUUUACUGUUUUAGCAAAAGCCCAUCAAAGAGACUGAGAGACAUCAACAGCAUGAUUAAGUCUGGUGAAUCACCAACCAAGAAGCGUGGAUUGUCAUUGGAUGAAGGCAAUGAAUUACCAGCUAAGAGGAUCUGUCAGGAGAAUCACACUGCAUUGUAUAGGCGUUUGCAGGAUGUAGCCAAUGACAGAGGAUCUCACUGAUCCAGUAUGGGGUGUCAACCUCAGCUGCUGUGAAUAGUUUGCCUUCCUUAAUCUCAACCUGAAAAGCAAGCUACAAAACAUUACACAGUUAAGUUUAAAGCUUCUGUGAAGGUUAUACAGGCAUUGAACGCUGCAGGAAGUCAAAUUGCAAGGGACCGAGAUUCUGAUGCUUUGAGAAGUUACUUGAGCUUUUCUCACCCAUCUCCACAAAAAUCUGCCAGUUGAAGGCAGAGAGUGGAUUUUUAGGUAAAGAUUGUUGAAGCAUUGAAGUGUUUCUAAUUGAUUUUAAAAGCUUUCAAAGCAGGCUUAAAACAGCAUGCACAUCAUACCAAAUUUAAUUACAGCAUUAACUUUCAUGUGGAAAAUUUUAACUGGGUAUUUGAAAGCAUUAAAAACUAUAAAAAUCCAUCAAGACAAGAAAAAGUUCGUGUUGUACUUUUGCAACACUGUGGAAGAAACUCAGCACAGCAUUCCAAAAUGAGGCCAUGUAUUAUGUACACAAGUUUGUGCGCUAACAUAUGUUAUGCUUGCUAUUAUGGUGUGCACAGAAUUGGCAACCGUCUUGUGUUCAGUUAGUUUGAAAGGUUAGGAUAAUUAGGAUGAGUAGUAUGUUACUGAUGCACUAAGUGCAAAUACAUAGAGACGAAUAAUGACCGUGAAGCAGUAGACUAAACAUUUGAAGGGAAUAUCCUCAUAGCUACAUGCUGGUUGUAUUUGAUCAUUUUGUUUAAAAAACCUUAACAUUCCCCAUGAAGCAAUGUACUUUCAUGUAUUGACUAAGUAAACAGGAGCAAGACUUCAUAGUGCAGAAGGAAUUAUUCUAGCUGAACAGAAUACAUGGUGAUGUUUUCAUCAGAUGGGUUGAAUAUACUCCAAGUGCAAUUAAAUCAUUUGGAAAUAGGAACCAUGUAUAGGAUUACAAAAAAGCUCAGUGCCAAUCCACAGAUCAGGAGUUCAAAUCAAAUCCAUACCAGAGAGAGAGUGUAAUGGAAACAGUCACAUGAUUCAAGGUGACUUUGCAUUAGACCUGAAUAGUGACAAGUAAUUCAAAAUAAAAUCUGGACAUAGAGUUGAAUGUUAAUUUCACUAAGAUAAUAAAACAUAAAAGUUUGUGUAUCAGUUUGGUUUAUAAAGAUGAUCAAAUAGACUUUAAAAAAGUCUCUCCAUCCUUUCAGAAUUCUUUACUCACGUUGCCUUGUAAAAGGAAUAAUAUAGUUUGUUGAUUGUCAUCACUACAAUGCUCAGGAGAUUGAGAAACUGAAAAUCUUACAUAAAGCACCAUAUAUUACCCAGCUUUAACAAUCCGUUGAUCUUAUUGCAGUUCCCUGCAACAUGGCUGCUGUGAAAUUGGCUAGUGGGCUGGUCUAGGCAAUAUACAUGAUCACCAGGCUGGGGCUGGUGGCUGAGUGCCUGUAAACUUUGCCACAGGACAUCAGGUCACCUGGGCCAUUGCUUAGCUGAAGCAGCUAGAUGUAGCAGGCUCACCCUCAUCACCACAUGGACUAGACAAGAACCAGUUACAAACCAUAACAUUACAUGUUUCAGCAUACCUCUCAGCCUGGAUUGCUGCCUUCUCCUAUCCUUUGGAUGGGAAUUAAAGGAUCUUUCUUUCUAUCCCACUCUGGUUAUGAUCCAAUGCACAUUCAUGAUGUUAGGGCACAAUAAUAAAAAUUCUCAAUUUCAGUCAUGACAGUCAACAGUCCCAUUCCCACAUAUCAAACAGAUAUCUCAAACAUGGUCACGUAACAAUUAACCUGUUUGCUAUUUGGAGGCAGUUUCUAACAAAUAAUCUUUCUCCACCUUUGCAAGUGAAUGUGGCAGAAUCUGCACUUAAUUAACAAAUGUAGUGGCUAAUUAUUUAAAAGUUGUGCACACUUCAGGAAUUCCACUGAAUUCAAAGACAGAACAAGCACAAUUAAAGUGUGAUCACAAAGUCCAUUCAUCAAGCCAGAAUGUGUUCCAUACCCAUGCAUUUUGAAAUUACAAAGUGUACUAUUAGACAUGAAUUCAGUUCAGGCAAUUGUCAAUAUUUCAUCAAUGUGCAAUCAAACCAAAUGAUGCCCUCUGCUGACAGCAGAUCAAAACCUGGAAGUAGAGAUAUUUGGAUUCAGUUAAGUGGAAGUAUUUUAACAUUAAAGCUCUUGAACAUUGUCAAUUGACACAAGUUGUUGAUUACAACACUAACUAGCAAAUUAAGAGUAGAAUUCAAGUGCAGCCAAUGCAACCAAUGCUUCACCCAACCGGAGGCAGCAAUCCAGCUGUUCUGCUCCAACAGAAGAUGAGGCAUAAUCAUACAAGCAAAUGAAAUACUUAAUAUCCUGAUUGAAAUAUCUGACAGCCAGUCCAUCACUGAUUAAUGCAAGCAAGAGGUGAAACAAUAAUCACUAUGCUGGAACAUAUGGUCUCCCUCCAUUACUAUGGAAUGAACAUGACAAAUAAUGAAAGUGUGGAUUUCAGUUUCCAUAGCUGUUACAGUGGGGAAAAUCAGGAAGCCAUAAGGAAAAUUGUAUCCAAGAUAUUUUAAUACUUGGAACAUAGUUUACAUGAGAGAUUCAUAUUUAAACAUUUUUCAGUCAAAAUAUUUUAAAUGAAUGAGGUUGACAAGUCUCUGAACAAAGUUUGGUUUUAACCAACUGCAACUACACAAUCUAUUUCCAGAUCUUUGCCUAUAAACACUUCAAUUUAGUUGUUAGGAAAUACACAAAAAUAAAAAUUCUCUUUUACAAAGUUCAAAAUUUGUUUUCUCAUCAACGAAAUGCAAAUUUUGUUUUUUGUAUGGAAGUAGCAUGUAUUCUUGUUGGGGCAGGAGAGCAAAAUUGGGAAGUGACCAUGUUCACAAAUGACCCAAGUAUACAGCGCAGACUCUUUGGUUAAAUAACUAAUUUUGGAUGUGAGACUCAAAUGGAACUUUCGUAUCUCUGGGUCAGAAGGUCCUUGUGCCAAGUCUCUCAUGCCCUGGUGUCAUAAUCUCUGAACCGGUUGGAAAAAAGUCUGCAAUCACAGCUGCAUGAACAAAUGUGAAACAACUUGAUACACUGCAACCUCACUCAAAUCAAAAGAAAGUUUUGACACACAUGCUCUUUCUCUAACAUUCUGUAAACUUGAUGUUAAAAUUAAUGCAAAAUAAGCAUUAAAAAGUUAUUAAAUUGAUGUGGUUACAUAUUUAGUAUGAAAGCUACAACCCAUUUUCUCAGUAAAGAAUUUUGCAGUACAUUUUACAAGAUUGCAAGGAGGGUUUAAAAAUGGAAGAUGCAUCAUCUCUUCUGUUAAUUAUAGAGAAAUUUCCAAUAAUGAAUGGAACUCAAAAAUGGGAAUUACUGCAAAAUGACUGGUCAUUUCGAUAGGUAGCCAAAAAUCUUAACUUGCUUCAGAAAUCAUUAAGCUGCAAAAGAUAUUUAAUUUAUGCCAAUUAUAACUUGUUCACUUUAAAUAUAUGUCUGCUUGUCAUUGUGUUGCACCACUUUGUAAAAGGUGAAAACUUGAAACAUGAAAUUUGUUUUCUAAACCAGAUUUUGUCAG